UUUUUUUAUCUUUCAAAAAUUUAAAAAAAUCGCCGAAAUCAAAACACUUUUAAUUCGCCGUUUAUUUUAACAAAUUCGCCAGUUUUUCUCUCUCCUUCUUCCUUCUCUGUAAUUUUUGAAGUCGAAGAGAGAGAAACCAACAAACAAACAAACCUUCGAAACCCUAGCUAUGGCGGAACAACUUUUUGCUUCUUCGCUCGCACAUUGUUAACCAUUCUCUCGCAGAAUUCGAUUCAUUUUGCGUCGAUUUCUUCAAUUAAACUUGGCAAUGGCGGAUGCUGCAUUUUCGACGGUUUUCUUCUCAGCUAGGGUUUCGACCUCAUUACGAUCGCAGAUUUCUCGCGAUCCUACAUAAGAUUAAUUAGGCGAUCUUUUUAAUUUCGUAAUUCAUUAUUGUUUUUUUUCUCGUUGAUUUUUUUUGUUUUCGUUUUUUUGGGUGGAGGAGAGAGAAAAGGCGAUAAUGGCGGGGUGUGAGAGAUUAAGGAGGUGUUUGAGAACGUUGUUCUUCAUGUUAGCAAUGAUGGCGUCGUUGUUGGUGCAAUGUCUGCCAUUGUUGGUCGCCAUUGGAGAUGUUUUGGUGCCUUGUGCUUUGGUUUCUAGCUUCACUUGUGUUAGAUGUUACGGGUUUAAACAACACCUCAAAAGAUACGCUUUCAAGAGUUCUUUGAUUGAUAUUCCUCUUGUUUCUGUCCUCAGAUCUCUCCUUAUUACCUGUGUAUAUUCUCUCUCUGAUACUCCUGCUCUUUCUCAUGGACCAUAUCUUGGAAGUGUGACAUUAUGUUCUUUUACUUCGACUCUUCUUCUGUCAAUUAAGGCUUGUGUUUUCUCUGCGAAUUCUCAAAUGGAAGCUGAAGCAUCACAUUCUAUUUCAAGGCGUAUUCUCCAUUUGAAGAAGUCUUGGGGAAUGCCUGUCUUGUUUUUGUCGUCCAUAGUUUUUGCUCUAGGUCAUAUGGUGAUUGCCUAUCGAAUUAGUUGCAAGGCGAGGAGGAAACUCCUAUUUCAUCGCGUUGAUCCAGAGACGGUUCUGUCUUGCAAGAGUUUGCUAUCUGCCUAUCAGAAGAUGCCACGGUCUCCUGUUCCCUCCACAGCAAAGACCACCCCUAAAAGUGACAGUGAGAUAAGGAAGAAACCUUAUGGUCUGGCUCGUUAUGAGGGUGCCUUGCCUGUCAGAUUACUUGCUGACAUUGACAGUUUAUUCACAACUUGCCAAGGGUUUACACUCCAUUACAAGAUUAGCAUGCCUAGUUCUCCUCCACGUUCCCUAUCGUCCACAACCUUUGUUGAACCCAAUAGAAGCUGUACACCUCAGCUGGGUAUGAAUCGAGUUAAUGUAGACCGACCAUUAAAUGCUCUAUCUAAAACCCAACAUAACCUUUCCAGAAGCUUUAGUAAUCAUUUCCAUUCAUCUUCUUUGUAUGACCCAUUGCUAGAAAGUUUAGCAUGCUCUGCUGUUUCAGCUGAUGAGAUCCCUCCUCUGAGCCUUGAUUCCAUGGAUGACAAGGAUGAAAUCGGUGAUUUAAGCCCUUUAAAACUGGAUUCAGAUUUACGGGCAUCUGGAGAGUGCGGUAUUGUCCUAGUCCAUGGAUUUGGUGGUGGAGUUUUCUCAUGGAGGCAUGUGAUGGGGACGUUAGCACGUCAAGUUGGUCGCACUGUUGCAGCAUUUGACCGGCCUGGAUGGGGUUUAACCCCUAGGUUACAAAGGAAGGAUUGGGAAGAAAAACAAUUGCCAAACCCUUACAGACUUGAUACUCAGGUGGACCUACUUCUGUCCUUCUGUUCAGAAAUGGGGUUUUCUUCAGUGAUACUUGUUGGCCAUGAUGAUGGUGGAUUGCUCGCAUUGAGGGCAGCAGAAAAAAUGAAAAUGUCUGGGAAUUCCGCAUAUGUUGCAAUCACAGCAGUGGUGCUGCUGAAUGUAGAUCUCUCCAGAGAUGCCGUUCCUUCCUUUGCAAGGAUACUUCUGCGUACUUCAUUGGGGAAGAAACAUUUGGUCCAGCCUCUGCUCCGUACAGAAAUUACACAAGUGGUUAAUCGUCGUGCAUGGUAUGAUGCUACCAAGUUGACAACAGAAGUCUUAAAUCUAUACAAGGCGCCUCUCUGUGUAGAAGGCUGGGAUGAGGCUCUCCAUGAGAUUGGUAAGCUUUCUGGUGAAACAAUUCUAUCGUCUGAAAAAGCAGCGACACUAGUGAAAGCUGUUCAAGAUUUGCCUAUAUUGACCGUCACUGGAGCUGAAGAUGCACUUGUUUCUAUAAGAUCUGCCCAAACUAUGGCUUCCAAAUUUGUAGAUUCUAGACUAGUUGCUAUAUCAGGAUGCGGCCAUCUUCCACAUGAGGAAUGCCCUAAGGCUUUGCUUGCAGCUGUGUGCCCGUUUAUUUGUCGAGUUCUAUGCGAUUUUGAAGUGUAGUUGUGUAGGUCAAGUAGAGUGAUUUUUUAUCACCUAGUGAGCUGGCUUUCGAGGGUCAUUCUGUUUCCUCGUUGAAACACGGAGAAGAAAUCAUAGUGUUCCUCUUCCCUCAAUGGUAGUUUCGGUUAGCUGGAACUUCACUUCAAACUCCAAGAAGUUGCAGGUGAGUUCCAUGUAAAUUCCCUUCUUAAGUUUAGUUACUCUAAUUUAGAAGGUUUCUUGUCAAUACGUAGAUCUUGUUGUUGGCUGCCAAAGGGUUAGACAAUGACAUAAUUUGUAUACAUCAUUUUACAAUCUACGUGUUGGUCACUGUUUUGUACCUUCAACAAUCGAUGAGUUGAAAGAAAAAUUUUAUUCAUCCCUGUAUUUGAAUAUAAUGCAUUAGUGGUAGAAUCCGAAAGAGAAA